AUGAAACUUCUCAUUCUCACCACAUUUUUUGUGGUUUGGCGGGUUCCCGCCACGAAUUGCCAACCACCAACUACAGUAACCCAACAACAACAAUCCACGUCAUCAUCUUCAACUACACCGGCUCCUGAGUGAGUUUUUUUGGGGGGGGGGGGGCCAAAAAAAAACUAGAAGAUUCUGUCCAGUUUUCACUUGUGUAGUGAACCUAAUUAAGAAAAGACGGGAUUUUUUAAUUGGGUUUUGACAUACUUUUUUUUCUCUGCGUCUCUCACUCUCUCGCAAUUUUUGGCGCGAAAAAACGUGAAACGUGAAAAAUUUUCAUUUUUCAAAUUUUUUUUAAUAGAUUUUUUGAAAUUUGAAUUUUUGGCGCCAAAAAAAUUAUAUUCAAAUUUUACUGUGGAUUUUAAGAUUGCUCAUUUUAGCCUAAAUCUGAAGGAAAAUUUUGGGAAUAUGAUUGCUCAUAUUAGGCUCGAAAAUCCGGGGAAGAUUGCUCAUAUUAAAAACCCUUUGAGAGGGAUUGCUCAUAUUAGGAAAUUUUUGGCAACGAUUGCUCAUUCUAAGCAUAGAAAAUGCUUGCUCAUAUUAAAAAAAUAAUACGUGAAGAUUGCUCAUAUUAAGAACAUUUAGGAAUUAAGAACAUUUAGCAUUGCUCAGGUUAAACCACAUCAGGCAAAUAUUGCUCAUAUUAGCCUAAAUCCAAGGGAAACAUUUGGCAAAGAUUGCUCAUUCUAAGCAUAGAAAAUGAUUGCUCAUAUCAAAAAAUUUAGAAAAUAUUGCUCAAGAAUAUUUAGGAAGCAAUGCUCAGGUUAAAAUACCUCAGGGAAACAUUGCUCAUAUUAAAAACAUUCAGGAGGCAUUGCUCAGGUUAAAAAAUUUCAGUGAAAGAUUGCUCAUAUUAAGCAACUCUUCCUCAAACAUUGCUCAUAUUGAAAACAUUCAGAAAGCAUUGCUCAGGUUAAAACACCUCAGGGAAACAUUGCUCAUAUGAAUCCAAUAUUUCCAGGCCGCCCAUCUACCUGCUCGUUUCUCCAUCCGUCUUCCGACCCUCUCAAAACUACACAGUCUCUAUGAAUAUUCUGCGCCGUCCCACCGCUCCCGGCGACGAAUUUCUGGUGCGCCUUUCGAUUGUGAAUCGCGCCAACGACACGUUCGCCGGUCGUGUAUUUCACGAGAAGAACAUCGAGUUGGCACGCGCUCAAAUCAUCGAUCUGACCCCACCGGAUGAUGCGAUCUUCGAUCCCACCGAUGGAUAUCGAUUGAUGUUUCAGAUUGAGAAUGUUAACGGGGAUGUGUUGUGUGCGGAUAGGCAUGAUUUGCGGUUCGAUUCGAAGGCGCUGUCGAUUUUUGUGCAGACUGAUCGAGCUGUUUAUCGACCGGCUGCGUUGGGUGAGCAAUUUUGGAGCAUUUUGACACCCCACAAGCCUAUUUUUGAAAAAGGAACCCGCUCUGUAGACUUUGCCACGUGGAUUUUUGAAAUUAUCAUUAGCUUCAUCGCAUUCCACGUGAAAUUUGGAGCAUUUUGACACCACACAAGCCUAUUUUCAGAAAAAAAUUAGAGAAAGGCUACCCCCCCCCCGGUCACUAAAACCUAAGGGGGUACUGUAGUCUUUGCCACGUGGAUUUUUGAAAUUAUGAUCAGCUUCAUCGCUUUCCACGUGAAAUUUGGAGCAUUUUGACACCCCACAAGGAUAUUUUCAGAAAAAAAUUAGAAAAAAGGUACCCCCCCCCCCAUAUAGAUUUUGCUAGAAUUCACGUGGAACUUUGAAAAUUCAUGCUGCUCUCAAUUAUUUGUGAAAUUCGUGAUCUUUAUAAAAUUUGGAGCAUUUCGACACCCCACAAGGAUAUUUUCGAAAAAAGUACCCCCCCCUCCUUAUGGGUCCCGCCACGAAAACCGUAUCAAAAUGACCCGCGAAACGAGGAGAAUUCAAAAAAUUUUCCAGUGCAAUACCGUGCAAUUCUUCUACGAUCCGAUCUCAAACCCUACAACGACACAGCAACCAUAAAAGUUUACGAUCCGAAUGGUAACCUCAUUUCACAAAUCAUCGAUGCUAAUCUCACCAAAGGUACGGUAUUUUCAAAGUUUAGUAUGAGCAAUGGGGAUUUUUUUGAAAAAUUUUGUUUUAAUUUUAAUUUUUAAAAUUUUUUUUUAAAUUUUUUUUGAAUUAAAUUAAAAAAAUUUUUUUUUUAAUAUGAGCAAUGCUUUUUUGCAGGAGUCUACAGUGGAAAACUGCAAUUGGCCGAUGAAUGUUUGUUGGGAGAUUGGCGGAUUACUGUAGACGCGAAACGUAAUGGACAACAGGAGGGCAGUUUUACAGGUGAGCAAGACAUUUUUUGGCUCCAAAAAAUUGUCUGCCACGUGGCAAACAAGUUUUUCCCGCCGCGAAUUUUCAAAAAUUCAAAUUUUUUCUGGAAUUUUGAUCUCUAAUUGCAGUUGGCUAGACUAUAGUUUAGUUUUGCAGAUCCAUAAAAAUCUAGUGUAACUAGACUAUAGUUUUAUUGGCAAAAUUCACCAAAAAUCUAUAGUUUUGCUUUGUACAGACUAGACUAUAGUCUUGCUUUGAUUCAAAAAGUAGUCUAUGACGUGGCAAAUUCACCAAAAAUCAAUAGUGCUGUUUUGUAUAAACUAGACUAUAGUUUUGCUUUGUACAGACUAAACUAUAGUCUUGCUCAGAAUCAAAAUGUAGCCGAUGACGUGGCAAAUCCACCAAAAAUAUAUGUAUAGUGUAGUUUUGUAUAAACUAGACUAUAGUUUUGCUUCAAAUAAACUAGACUGUAGUCUUGUUUAGUAUCAAAAUAUAGCCUAUGACGUGGCAAACCACCUCAACCCCAUACUUUUUUCAGUCGAUCAAUACAUCCUGCCAAAAUUCGACGUGCAAAUCAAAACGCCCAGCUUCAUCACAGUCAAUCAAAAUCUGUCGGUUCUCGUCUCAGCCAAAUACACAUAUGGAAAAGGUGUGUCGGGAAAAGCCAAAGUCUCACUUCAACUCCCGUGGCAUCAAUGGCAUAUGGUCGAACAGCAGCCGGUUUUGGUGGAUUCCUCAAAUGGUGGUGCGACAACUGAGGGUGGCGAAAAAGCGGUGCAGAUUUUGGAGAGAACACUGAAAUUGAAUCGAGCCGGCGAGGCGACUUUCGAUUUUUAUAAUAGCGAACUGAAGGCGCAUAAUUUGUUGCAGGUGAGUAUUUUGAGUACAAAUAUGACUAUUUUUUGUUGAAAUUCGGUUUUUUCGGGUAAUUUGGAGCAUUUUGAUACCUCACGAGCCUACUUUCAAUUUACUUUAGGGGUCCCACAGCGAAAAACUUUGAAAAUUCAAAUUUAAGUUUUUCGCGGGUACAGUAUUUCACAGAACUAACCUAUGUGCCUUUAAAAUUACACUAUAUCUAAAAUGAGCAAUGUUUGGCUCUCAAAAUGCUCCAAAUUGACCUAUGCGUCUUUCUGAAUUAUCAAACUAGACUAUAGGCUUGCUUAGAUUCGAAAUAUAGCUUGUGACAUGUGAACUAGACUAUAGUCAUAGUUUGGUAUCAAAAUAUACCUGGCAAAUCCACCAAAAAUAAAGUGAACUAGACUAUAGUCUUGCUUAGAUUCGAAAUAUAGCUUGCUGCGUGUGAACUAGACUAUAGUCAUAUUUGGUAUCAAAAUAUAGGUUACGACGUGGCGAAUCCACCAAAUCUCUUAAUUAAACUAGACUAUAGUCUGAAUUUGCAGGAAUACUUCAGCUCGAUCCGCAUCAUUGCCAGCGUCACCGAAGACAUCACCGAAAUCGAGCGAAACGCCACUCACACUCUCUCAACAUACCGUGACGAAGUGAAACUUAUCACCGAAAAACAAGGCGACACUUUCAAACCGGGUCUCCAAUACAACGUGGCAAUCCUCUUGCGCAAAAUGGACGACAAUCCGCUUGACGCAACGCUCCCCAAACGCGUACAAAUCACCACAUUCUACAAUUACCCGUAUAAUCAUGAGACCGCCCAAAUUCACGAGGAAAAAGAGACGAAAAUUGUGGAAGUUGAUGCGCAUGCCACAACUCAACUUACACUAAAUCCACCAAUUAAUUGUACGAGCCUGAGAAUUGAGGCACUCUAUGAUAUCUCGGGUCAGGAUAAUUUCACCAAUACACCCAUCUUCACGUCACUCUAUGUUGAUGCUGCCGUCUCGCCGAGUGCCACAUUCUUGCAAUUGAUUUCGGAUAAAGAGGGACCGGUGGAAGUGGGAAAGACGUUGAGUUUUACGGUUAAAAGUACCAAGGAAUUGAGUGUUUAUAAUUAUCAGGUGAGAGAGAUUUUGAGUUUUGACACGUUAAACACACAAAUCGCGACGAGACCCAACAAAAAACAACAUGUUCCUUUAAGAUACUGUAGAAUUUCGCAGCGGGACCAAUUUACAGUAAUGCAAAAGGUCAAAGGAACAUGCUAUUUUCCGUCGGGUCUCGUCGCAAUUUUUAUAUCGUGUUCCUUUAAGAUACUGUAGAAUUUCGCAGCGGGACCAAUUUACAGUAAUUAAAGGAACAUGCUGUUUUUCGUUGGGUCUUGUUGCAAUUUGUAUGUUCAGAGAUUUUCAACAAAAUUUGCAUUUGCGCUCUACUGAACUAUAAUUUUUGAGCUAAAAUACUUAGGGUAUUUUUAGCUAGAGAACUUGAAACCUCGCAAAUUUUUGCAUUCGCGCUCUAUUGAACUAAUUGUUUUAUAAUGGAAAAUUUGAAAAAUUGAUUCAACAGAAGGUUGCAUUUACGCUCUACCGAAAUAUUGACUUUAAACUAAAAAAACUCAAAUUCUCAAGAGAAGUUGCAUUUGCGCUCUAUUCAACUAUUGAUUUUUCAAUUAAAAAAACCCCCAAAUGCGCUCCAUUGACAAAAAUCCAUCUAACGUCGUUUCCAGGUGAUGAGUCGCUCAAAAAUCGUGGCAGCCGCCCAACACACACCCUCGCCACCCACCACAACAACCACCAUCACAUUCACAGCCACACCCGAAAUGGCGCCCAAAUCUCGCCUUGUCGUCUACGCGAUUGGCGAAGAUUCGCGCGAAGUUCUGGUGGAUGCGUUGGAUUUCGAGGUGGACGGUGUCUAUCAGAAUGACGUGCAAUUGACCAUUGAUCACACUGAGGCUCUACCAAAAACGAUGGUUAAUGUGAAGGUUUGUCGGACGUGGAAUUUGACGCAUUUUGAUACCAAACAUGCGAUUUUUCUGACUAUUUAGAGGAUUUCGGCGUUUUGUUGCUCAUUUUAACCAUUCUGCAAGAAAAAUCAUUUCAAAUAACCCAUUUUCAGUCAAAAAUGAACAUUUCGAAAAAAAACAAAAAAAAACAAAUUUGUCCGAGAGAAGUACACGGGGUGUGUGGAUUUCUAGGCCACGGCCAGCAAAUUUCUCAUUUUUUUUUUUUCAAAAUGUCUGUUUUUUCACGCAAAAAUUUUCAGGUGACAGCCGAUAAAGAUUCAUUUGUGGGUCUGUUAGCCGUGGAUCAAAGUGUGCUGUUGCUGAAGUCUGGAAAUGAUUUGACUCGCGAAAAAGUCGAGCUGGAUCUGGAGAAUUUCGAUAGUAUUUUGGGCGGUGGAUUUGGUGGCAGGAAUUGGGAGGGAAUUGUUGAGAGAAGAAGACGGAGAAGAAGAAGCUUUUUCCGACCAAUGUGGGGAAUUAGUGGAAAUGAUGCGGAGAGUGUUUUUUCGGUGAGUGAUUUUCUGAAAUUCGAGAUUUUCAGCCUGAAAAUAGUUUAAUAUUUUUUUUUGCAGAAUGCUGGAAUGAUUGUGCUCACCGACGCUCUACUGUACAGAGAAGGUGAGUAUAACCUAAGCCUAGCCUAAGCCUAAUCUAAGCCUACCCUAAGCCUAACCUGAUCCUAGCCUAAGCCUAACCUUAGCCUAGCCUAAGCCUAACCUGAUCCUAGCCCAAGCCUAUCCCAAGCCUAAUCUGAGCCCAACCUAAGCUUAACCUGAGCCUAGCCUAAGCCUACCCUAAGCCUAACCUGAGCCUAGCCUAACCUAACCUAACGCUAGACUAGGCCUAACCUAAGCCUAGCCUAAGCCUAGAUUAGGCCUAACCUUAGCCUAGCCUAGGCCUAACCUGAGCCUAAGCCUAGCCCAAGCCUAACCUAAACCUAGCCCAAGCCUAACCUAAGCCCCCUAAGCCUCACCUAAGCCUAGCCUAAGCCUAAGCCUAAGCCUAACCUAAGCCCCCUAAGCCCCCAAUCCUCCCAAAAAAAAUUAUUUCAGAGCAACCCAUCGCGUUGCGAACACCUGGCGGAAUUCUCAGCGACAGCAUAAUGCUCGAAGCAGCCGCCAUGCCCACCAACAAAAUCGGCGCAUCCGGAAACGCUCCGCAAAUCCGCCGCUUCUUCCCGCACACCUGGAUUUGGCACGACUCGGAGACCGGCGAAAUCGCACUCAAUCUUCCGGCUCCCGACACAAUCACCACGUGGAUCGCCACCGCGUUCGCCGUCAACGCGGAAACCGGAUUGGGAAUUGCGGCGCAGCCGGUGAAAUUGAAAACCUAUCAGGAUUUUUUCAUUCGGCUGAGUCUACCGUACUCGGUGAAACGUGGCGAGAAAUUUGCGCUUCUCGUGCAACUUUUCAACUAUGAGGAGAAGGAGGUGGAUAUUACGGUAACUUUGGAGUACGAUGCGAUGAGCGGAUUCGAUUUGUUGAGGAAGGAUGGAACUGUCGUGAAGCGGUAGGUGGAUUUUCAAAGAGCCCGGGAAAUUCGGAGCAUUUUGACACCCAACAUGAUAUAUUUUAAGGGGGGGGGGUGUCACGUGGAUUUUCGAGCUUUCUCAAGCUAACUAUGAUUUUCCACGUGGAAUUUGACGCAUUUAGACACCUCACAUGGUCCUAAAUUACGGUUUUCGUGGUGGGACCCUAUACAGUACCCAGGGGGGAUACACUUUUUUUCAAAAUUUCAGUUGAAUAUAGGCUUGUGAGGUGUCAAAGUGACCGGGAUUCUGAAAAUUCACGUGGCGCUUUCCCAAAAAUAAUUGCCACGUGGCAUUUUCCAAGGGGGAUACACUUUUUUCAAAAUUUUAGUAAAAUGUAGGCUUGUGAGAUGUCAAAGUAACCGGGAUUCUGAAAAUCCACGUGGCAUUUUCCAAGGGGGGGGUCACAUUAUUUUUUAAAUUUAUCCGAAAUACCUCUUGUGGGGUGUCGAAAUGACCAGAAUUCCACGGGGAUUCUGAAAAUCCACGUGGAAAUUUCCGAAGAACAAUUCCCACGUGGUUUUUUCAGUAAGGGGGGGGGGUCACACUUAUUUUUAACUUUAUCCGAAAUAUCUUAUGUGAGGUAUCAAAAUGACUGGAAUUCUACGGGAAUUCUGAAAAUCCACGUGGAAAUUUCCGAAAAAAAAUUGCCACGUGGCAUUUUUUCAGUGAGGGGGGUCACAUUUUCAAACUUUAUCCGAAAUACCUCUUGUGGGGUGUCAAAAUGAGCGAAAUUCUACGGGGAUUCUGAAAAUCCACGUGGCGCUUUCCCAAUAAUAAUUGCCACGUGGCAUUUUCCAAGCGGGGGGGGGGGGUCACACUAUUUUUUAGCGUUAUCCAAACUAUCUCGUGUGAGGUGUCAAAAUGAUCAGAAUUGCACGGGGAUUCUGAAAAUCCACGUGGCGUUUUCCCAAAAAGAAUUGCCACGUGGAUUUUUGCGAAGGGGGGGGGGUCCCAUUAUUUUUUAAAUUUAUCCGAAAUACCUUGUGUGAGGUGUCAAAAUGAUCAGAAUUGCACGGGGAUUCUGAAAAUCCACGUGGCGCUUUCCCAAAAAGAAUUGCCACGUGGCAUUUUCCAAAGGGGGGGGGUCACACUUUUUUCAAAAUUUCAGUAAAAUAUAGGCUUGUGAGGUAUCAAAAUGACCAGAAUUCCACGGGGAAAAUCCACGUGGCAAGCAAUCUACGAAAAUUCCAAAAUUCAAUUUUUGCAGAGACGAAUUGGUGCAGGAGAAUAUUCGAGUAGUGAGUGUAGCCGGUUCGGGAGCCACAAAACCCGUCUACUUCCCAAUUGUGCCCUCGCAAAUCGGCGAAAUCAACAUCACAAUCGCCGCGAUUUCCGCAGACGGCAAAAUCGGUGAUGCGGUUUCAGAAGUGCUACGCGUUGAGCCGCAAGGCUACAAGGUUUCUCGCAAUAUUCCAUUUAUCAUUGAUUUAUCCACCCAAAAUUCAACCACAACUAAUUUUGAUCUACCACCAGUCCUCACCAAGUCUUUAGAAUGGCCAAGUGAUUUGGUGGAUGCGUCGGAAAAGGCCCGAAUUGAAAUAAUUGGAGAUAUCAUGGGUCCGUUGAUGGAUCGUGUUGGUGAUUUGGUUGAAAUGCCCUAUGGUUGUGGAGAGCAGAACAUGCUCAAUUUGGUGCCGAAUAUUUUGGUGUUGAAGUAUUUGGAAGAGACGAAACGGAGUAAACCGGAACUUGAGGCGAAGGCCAAGAGAUAUAUUGAAGCGGGUGUGCAGAGGGAAUUGACUUUUAGGUGAGUUCACUUUUUGAGUCAUGGAAUUUGGAGCAUUUUGAGAUCUCAUAGGCUUAUAGGCCAUUUUUUGUAAGAAAACAUUUCGCAUGUUAAAAAUUUUUUAAAUUUAAUUAUAGUCUGGAUUGCUCAGGUUAAACUUACCAUGAAAAUUUAAUUAUUUGAAUAUUUAAAUAUUGCUCAUGUUUACUUAAAGUCAAAGUUUGCAGAGUAAAGAAUUUUCAGGUUCCGAUUCUGAACUAAAAAAUCCACGUGUCAAGAAAUUUCUGAAACUUUUUGAGAUUUUCAGUCAAACACGGCCAUACAAGGCGCCCGUUGAGUCAGACGCGAGACGACGAGAGUAUGAUGACGUCAUUAGACUCUCGUCGUCUCUCGUCUGACCCGACGGGCAAUUGGAGUAAAUGGUCGUGCAAAAAGACUAGAAACCCGUGUUUGUACUCAAAAUGCUCCAAAUUCAGCUCCUGAAAAUUCUUAUUUUCCAGACAUGACUCCGACAAAUCGUUUUCCGCAUUCGGAAACGCGGACCCAAAAGGUUCGACAUGGCUAACCGCAUUCGUCAUCCGCGCCUUCAAUCACGCCAAACCCUACACGUUCAUCGAUGAAAAAAUCAUCCACGACGCAAUUUCGUGGCUCAACUCCGAGCAAAUGGAAAGCGGCGCAUUCGCCGAACACGGCGAGGUCCAUCACAAAGAUAUGCAAGGCGGUGCGCAAGCCGGCGGAAUUACCCUAACCGCCUACGUCACAAUCGCAAUGUUGGAGAAUGGUGUGCGGAAUGCGCAAGCGUUGCGGUUCCUCGAGAAACACUUCGCGGAAGCGGAACAUAAUGCGUAUGCGUUGAGUAUCAUUUGCUAUGCGCUGAAAUUGGCCGGAAGUGAACAGUUUGAAGCAGCUUGGGAGAUGUUGGAGAAGCAGAAGCGGGAGGAAAAGGGAACGUUGAGAUUUGGAGCGGUUUCGAAUGGUGGUGGAAGUGUGGUGAAGGGAUAUAGCUUUCAGGUUGGUUUGGGGGGAGGGGGGGAGCAUUUUGAUAUGAAAUAUGAGGGGAGGUUAGACAGCUAGAGAACAUGAGACAAGUUAGAGAUGCAGAGACACGACCAUUUACUCCAAUUGCCCCUCGGGUCAGACGAGAGACAACGGGAUUCGAGAUAUUUUCGAGAAAAUACGUGUCCCUUUGAAAAAAUACCGUAUUUUGUUUCAAGGAACACACGUGUUUUAUUGAAAAUAUCUCGAAGCGAAAUUCAUUUUCGGGAUAUUUUUGCAAAAUACUCUCGUCGUCUCGCGUCUGACUCAACGGGCGUCUUGUAUGGUCGUGAAGAGAAGCCAUACAACUAGAGAGCAUAAGGGAGUCAGAGACUCAGAGGUGGCAGGCAGCCAGAGAGCAUAAGUAAGUCAGAGACUCAGAGAUGGUAGGCGGCUCGAUGAAAGAUAACGUUAGAGAUUUAGAGAUGUCAGACAGCUAGAUGAAAGAAAGACGUUAGAGAUUUAGAGAUGCAGAGAAACUAGAGAUCACGAGUGAGUUAGAGACGCAGAGAAGUUAGAAAGCUAGACAUUUGAAGAGCACUAUACGAUCAAAGAGUUAGAGUGUCAGAGAAAUCAGCUAGAGAGCAUGCAAAUGUGAGAGACGCAGAGAAAAAAUCUAUAUUUUGUUCCAGGCUCGACCGGUCGACAUCGAAACCACCUCCUACGCCCUACUCUCACUCCUCGACUCGUCUCCCUCGCCUCUCCCAAAUGACUCAUUGGCCCUAGUCCGCUGGCUCAUCUCCCAACGAAACGCUCUCGGUGGAUUUAGCUCAACUCAAGAUACCGUAGUCGCGCUGCAAGCUCUCGCCAAAUACGGUGCUCUAACAUAUCCGGGCCCGCGCGACGACUCCACAGUACCCCUGGUUACAGAACUGCAAAUUCUGAAUGGUAAAAACGCGACCGGCUUCUGGAUCUCACCGGAAAAUGCGACGGUCUUGCAAUCGGCGCCGAUUUUGAACAUCAGGGAACCGAUUUCGAUCAACCUGGUCGAGAAUUCGAAUUCGACCAACUCGGCAGGUGUGCUCUUUGGUCAACUGGUUUAUAGUUAUUAUCGAGAGACGUUGAAUAGUGAUGCGCCGUUCUUCUGCAGUCAGGAGAUCAAGGAAUUGCGGGCCGGCAAUCGAUUGCAGUUGGAUUUGUGUUGCAAGUAGGUUUUUUGUCAGAGUCUGCGUGGAAUUUGGAGCAUUUUGACACCCCACAUUGUGUACUUAUCCUAUUUUCCAGCUACACUAAAACUGGAAAAUCGAACAUGGCUUUGGCUGAAAUCGAAAGUUUGACUGGCUAUCGUUUCGAUGGCGAACAAAUCAAUACUCUGCGAAAUAUUGAGGAUUUGCAGAGAGUUGAGUUGCAGAAAGACGAUACCAAAAUGAAUGUGUAUUUUAAUCCGGUGAGUUAUUCUGCUCUGCGUCUCUGACUUGAUGUGUAGAUGUCUGGUUUCUCUGCUCUCUCCCUUUAGUUAUGUAAUUUCUCUCACAUUUCUGCAAUCUCUCAACUCUCUAGAUAUCUCUCUCCUCUGCGUCUCUAACAUACCCGGCUUCUUUGCGCUCUCUCGUUAUCUGCCUUCCUAGCUUCUCUGAAUCUCUAGUAUUACUACGUUCUCUAUUUUGUCUGGUUUCUCUACCCUCUUGUGCAAAUCCGGCUGUCUCUCCGUCUCUACCCUUUGAAUGAUCUCUAUCUAUCUGCGUCUCUCCAGCGCUCUAUAUUCUCUACCCUCCCUGUUUUCUAUGCGUCUCUAACUUCUCUACCUCUCUAACUCUCUCAUAUGUUUUUUUUUUCCCAGCUCGGCUCCAAACCCGUCUGCCUCUCUCUCUACUCCGAUGUCACAUAUCAAGUAGCCGACCUAAAACCCGCCAACUUCCGACUCAUCGAUUAUUACGAUCCAGAAGAUCAACUCAAAUUCACCUAUUCACCCAAAAUGGCGCGAAGUUUGGGCGAAAAAUGCGGCGAAGAUUGCUGGCCACCACCACCUUCUGAAACACCGAUCCCAUCGAAUUCCGAAGAUUCCGAUGAAAAUGGUGCUGGAGUUCAAGGUGCGAUUGUGUGGAUGAGUUUUGCUGUGAUGAUUUUGGCCCGAAAUUUUUGAAUUUUUGCAUGUUUAUUAUAAUAGUGUGUGUGAAAUUACGGUUAUUGAUUUAUUGAUUUUUUUAAAAAAUAAAUUUGUUGUUUGUGUGUUAUGACGUGGCAAAUUUUAAGCUGAAUAUUGAUUUUUUGCAGAGUUGCCGGAAGUUCAAUAA